AUGAUCCAGCACAUCCAACCUUUAGAUGACAAGACCUUCAUCGUGGAGCGCUUCCACGAAGCGCCCCAGCACUACCUGAAGGUCGGAUUCUGGUUUGGCUACCGCGACUGCAUUGCAAGAGUAACCAUGCCACUGUCAAUGACAUGGCAGAUAACAGUGGAGCAGUAG